CAUUUUGGAGAAGGAUAAAGUCGCAACUAUGGUGCACUUUAAGCAGGUUGUUACCAAACCCAACGAAUCGGAGGGUAACGCGAAUUCACCGGAACGAAUAAAACAUCCUUUACAAAACAGCUGGAGUUUCUGGUUGUUUACUAAUAAUAAAGCGCAGAAAAACUGGGAAGAAAACCUAGUCAAAUUGACUACGUUUGACACAGUUGAAGACUAUUGGUGCUUAUAUCAUCACAUGAAGCGCCCGUCGGAGCUUAAUUCCGGCCAAGAAUAUGCAGUCUUCAAGAACAACGCCCGUCCCACGUGGGACGACGAUGCCAACAAACGCGGUGGUCGGUGGCUUAUUAACUUAGAGAAGAAAUCGCAGGCUCUUGACGAUGUGUGGUUAUAUGUGGUUCUUCUCAUGAUUGGUGAGAAUUUUGAAAAUUCAGAUGUGAUUAGCGGGGUAGUUAUCAGUGUUCGUGAUAAAACUAAAAUUGGUAUUUGGUUGUCCGAUGCGAAAAAUGAAAAGGCAAUCCUAGAGAUAGGAAAAAAAAUAAAAAACACUAUGCGAUUACGGCAACAAAUGAACUUUCACGAACACAGAAAGAAUAUAAAUUUGUACAUAAUUUAG